AUGCGAGCAGAGCGUUCCCCGGCGCGCCUGCAUCCCGUCCUGCACGGCUCCUGUCCGCAGGAGGCUGGCGAAGCGCUGGGCGUGCAGAUAGUUCAGGAUACACUUGUCUGUAAGGAGCUGUUACACCUACAGCUUUCUAACGCGGUGUUCCUGACAAGUGAAGCAGCAUACCAGUGUUUCCGGAAUUCAGCCAGCAAGUUCUUCAGCUGGCCUCCAUUGCCAUGGCUGCAAAUGGGAAUUAAAUCCUCGCGACUGGAUUUUAGUUGCAGGGAAGCAGGAGACUUUCAACCAUCUGUGCAGCUCCGGUGCCUUGAGAGUGGAAGAAGUGCUGGUGCGGGUCCUCCAAUGGCGUUUUCAGUUUUCACGUUUGUCCUUUGUAAGCUGGACCAGCGUCACCUGCUUUAUGGUGAUGUGAGUGCAAUUCAGCAAUAUAUUCAAACUGAUCCAACUGAUAGCUCAGGGGGCUACAAUAGCAAGUUGUCCUUAGGGGGAGGUGGAUUCCUUCGGCUUGUGAAAGACUUAGUUCAGGAGGCUGAUGAAUCAAACCUGAUGCUAAUGGCAAGAUUAUAUGUUGCUGUAGGUAAAACAUGCCUACUCAUCAGUUACACAACCAAUGCAUUUCCUGGAGAAUAUAUACCCACUGUUUUUGACAACUACUCUGCUAAUGUCAUGGUUGAUGGAAAACCAGUCAAUCUGGGUUUGUGGGAUACAGCUGGUCAAGAGGACUAUGACAGACUACGUCCACUCUCCUAUCCGCAAACAGAUGUCUUUUUAAUCUGCUUUUCCCUUGUGAGUCCCGCUUCCUUUGAAAAUGUCCGUGCUAAGUGGUAUCCUGAGGUGCGGCACCAUUGCCCCAACACCCCCAUCAUUUUAGUGGGCACCAAGCUCGAUCUCCGGGAUGAUAAGGACACUAUUGAAAAACUGAAGGAGAAGAAGCUGACUCCUAUCACCUACCCACAGGGCCUGGCCAUGGCAAAAGAGAUCGGCGCAGUGAAAUACCUCGAAUGCUCAGCACUUACGCAGCGAGGCCUCAAGACAGUGUUUGAUGAAGCUAUCCGGGCAGUUCUGUGCCCCCCUCCCGUAAAGAAGAGGAAGAGAAAAUGUCUGCUGCUGUAAAAGCUGCCCUCCCCCACCCCUCCCCAGCCCGGGCUUUGCUCAGAACAAUGGAGCAUUCACACUCAAUGCCAAUUUUUUCUGUUAUAAAUUAGGUAUCUUCCAUAAAUUCUUGAACCAAUCAACAA